UCCUACUUUUCUUGAAGGCCUUAGAGGGCGGGGAAGGAGGCGGGGAAAGGGGCGGAGCCACGGGAGGAAGCGUGAGUACGCGCUCUGCUCUUGCCUUAAUCGGCGCCGCAGUCACCACCGCAGUUGUCGCUAGGUCCAGCCAUCUGGGGAAGUCAUGCUGCCCAACACCGGGAGACUAGCAGGAUGUACGAUUUUCAUCACUGGUGCGAGCCGUGGCAUUGGCAAAGCAAUUGCACUGAAAGCUGCAAAGGAUGGAGCAAAUAUUGUCAUUGCUGCCAAGACAGCUCAGACACACCCCAAACUUGCAGGCACCAUCUACACUGCUGCUGAAGAGAUUGAAGCAGCUGGAGGAAAAGCCUUGCCAUGCAUUGUGGAUGUGCGAGAUGAACAGCAAAUCACCAGUGCAGUGCAGAAAGCAGUCGAGAAAUUUGGAGGAAUUGACAUUUUGGUGAACAAUGCCAGUGCUAUUAGUUUGACCAACACAAUGGAUACACCUACGAAGAAGGUGGAUUUGAUGAUGAAUGUGAACACCAGAGGCACCUACCUUACAUCUAAAGCAUGUGUUCCUUUUUUGAAAAAGAGUAAAAUUGCUCAUAUCCUUAAUCUCAGCCCACCACUGAAUUUAAAUCCAGUGUGGUUCAAACAGCACUGUGCUUAUACUAUUGCCAAGUAUGGUAUGUCUAUGUGUGUGCUAGGAAUGGCAGAAGAAUUUAAAGGUGAAAUUGCAGUCAAUGCCUUAUGGCCUAAAACAGCCAUACACACUGCUGCUAUGGACAUGCUGGGAGGAUCAGGUGUUGAAAGCCAAUGUAGAAAAGCGGAGAUAAUUGCAGAUGCUGCAUAUUCCAUUUUUAAAAAGCCCAAAAGCUUUACUGGCAACUUUGUUAUUGAUGAAAUUAUCUUAAAAGAAGAAGGAAUAAAAAAUUUUGAUGUCUAUGCAGUUAAACCAGGCCAUCCUUUGAUACCAGAUUUCUUCUUAGAUGAACAUCCAGAUGCAGAGAUGAAGAAAAGGGAAUCACAGGGCACUUACGCCGCUGAGCUAAACCCCCAGCCCUGCAAAUAUAACUUAAAAUUCACAACUACAAGUGCUAUUCCAGAAUCAAAAGAAGAGAAAUCACAGCCACAAGCAAAGCCACAUUCUGGAGCUGUGGAAGAAACAUUUAGAAUUGUUAAGAAUGCUCUCAAUGAUGAUGUUGUUCAAGCCACGCAAGCCAUCUAUCAGUUUGAACUGUCAGGUAAAGAUGGUGGCACAUGGUUUCUUGACUUGAAAAGCAAGGGUGGGAAUGUUGGACAUGGGAAGCCCUCUGACCAGGCAGAUGUGGUGAUGAGUAUGUCUACUGAUGAUUUUGUCAAAAUGUUUUCAGGGAAACUAAAACCAACAAUGGCAUUUAUGUCAGGAAAAUUGAAGAUUAAAGGAAACAUGGCUCUAGCAAUCAAAUUGGAGAAGUUAAUGAGUCAGAUGCAUCCCAGACUGUGAAGAAAAAACAAAAAGGCGGACUGCUGUGGUAUUAAAAGUAAAAAAGCUCAACAAUUAAAAAUCUUAACAUUUUUUGUCUUCCCUAUUGUAUGAUAAGGAUAUGAAUGUUGGUUCUAAAAAAAUAGAUUUUCUGUAUCUAUAAGACUUGAAAUUAUAAUUAAAAUAACUAGCCAAACAUAGGCUUCAUUAAGUGGAAUUCUAAGACAUUUUGUUUCUGUAGUUUGAGGGCUUUGCCCUCUUGGCCUUAUAUCUCAUCCUGCCUCCUUUCAGGAAAAUUAUGCAUUACACACAACAAAUUACGGUCAAGCAGUAAAAUUAGUGGUUCUUUACAAAACCGCUUCUCCAGUAAAAUAAGGUCAAUUUGUUUACAAUUUUUUAGUUCUGGAUUGUAUACUAAUGAAAAUUGUAAUGAUAAUUUGAAUUUUUAUAUACUUUAAAAUCCAUGCACAUUUUAAAGAAAUCAUCUAAUAAACUGCCUAACAGAUACUAAGUGAAACAAAGUCUCAUUUUGUUAGCCAGCUUUCCAGAUACGUUAUCCAUAGCAACAUCAUAAUGUGCUUCAACUAAUUGCAGUAUGCAUCCUAUUUACAAGUGUAUAAAAGAACAUUGUCUUGCUAUUGAUUUGCCUAUUCUGACCAUUUCAUAUAAAUGGAAUCACAUAUGA